AUGGCGACCUACAUCAACGAGCUCCGCGCGCUCAUAGAGUCCACCUCGACCUCCACUGCGCCCGACGGCGCCGAGCCGGGCUCCGCGCACCUCGAGGUCAAGCUCCGCGAGGUGCUCCCCAACCUCCUCCGCGACUACGUCGUCACCUCCCCCAAAGCCGCAGGGAGGGAGCUCAGGGAAGUCAGCGCGAUCCUGAAGCUGGUCGCCUUCACGGAGCUCAAGUUCCCCGGGGUCUUCUACAACGGCCGCGCCGCCGACGUCCUCAGCGUCAUCGCCCGCAUCCUCACGUUGAGCCAUGAGAUUAUAUUCCAGGCAGUUUGGAAUCUUCUCUCCAUUCUCCGUACAGGUGACCGUGAAGCCUACAGACAAUUCUUUCUAGAUGCUAUGGUUGCGGUAGAAGAUGUGCUAUAUGUGGCAUCAUUGCAUGACAGAAGUCCUAGUGGUGUGCCUCCUGGAAGAUGUUUAGUUAAAUGCCUCUGUGGAUCCUUCUUGGAUAUAUUAGACACACCUGGGCCUUAUAGUGAGCUCCUAGCCAGUUGCCGACCUAAGAAUGGACCUGGCGUGCUGGUUGAUCUGACAGGCGAUGCAAGAUGGCGCCCAUUUGCCACUUCGUUGAUUAAACUAGUUAACAAGUGUCUUACAGAUGGGACCUUGUAUGUUGAUGGGCUUGUUAACAUGCCAUUUGUUUCUGCUGCUUGUUCUAUCCUCUGCUAUGGGGAUGGUUCUCUGCAUAAGGUUUGUUUUGAUUUCGCACGUAUUGUUGCCACAGUAAUGACUUCUGAGAUUCUUCCUCUAGAAAACAUCAUUCGUUCAAUCACAUGCAUUUUGAGCCAAGAAAUUAGUGAACUCUCCGAUAUCAGAGAUGCAGAUUAUGACUUCUCAAUGGGAGCGUGUCUUCGUGCACUGCAUUCUUCAUGUCCUGACUAUAUUGUUGAAUCUACAGCUGUUGAUAUUGUUAAUAUUCUCGAAAAAGCAGUAAAGACCAGCAAAAGUGCAGAACUUCAGGUUGCACUGUACACUGCAUACAAGAGAAUAGUUGAACUUUGCUCUGUACAAACAGCCCAGAGAAACUUGCAUUCAUUUGACGCGCCCCUGUAUUUUGAAGCUCUUCAUACUGCAAUGCUUCUCCAAUUCAAUCUUCCUGGGCACACUAAACUUCUUGAAGAUGACUCUCAGUUGAUUGGUGAUGGUACACAUUUUGUUCAUCCAACAUAUGCUGACCUCAUCAGCAUGUUGAAACUGAUGUGGGAUGUUGGUCAUGCUGUCACUGAAACUAGUUCAAACUACAAGAUAGAAUAUCUUUUGCUGCAAGUCUGUGCUAAGAUUGGCAAUAGACUGACUUCUGGAUGUGAUCUUGAAUUCCUUGAUUUGGCUAUCCGUAAUGGAACUGCUGAGACUAAAAAUGAGGCAAUUAUAUCACUACCCAUAAUUGUGUUAUAUUCUGGUCCUAGGAUGCUUAGAGCAAUGUUUAAGAAACUUGAGUCAGUGGAUGCUUUAGGACUCGAGAACGUGGGGAAAAGUAUUGCCUUUUCACUUGGUUUUCUAUCUUGCUUAAAUGGAACCACUGAUCACACCGACAAUGUGGGGGACCAUUGCAAGUUAUUCUUGGACAAGCACUAUGAACAACCUGUGUCAACAUUAGAUCUUCUCUUGAGAGGUUUCUGUUGCCCUCAAUGUGAUAUCAUGAAUAGAACUGUCCACAAUGAAGAGCAAGUUUCUAUAGUGGACAUUGCACCAUUACAAGUUGAGAAUGUGGACUUCAAUAUUAACAUCUCCAAGGCCCACACUCUCUUUUUCAAAUUUCUCUACACAGGGACUUCUGAGGAAUCUAUAGUUUCUUUGGUUGAAGCUUUGCCACGGUUAUUGAGGCAUUCUAGCAGGCAUCUUCUACUUGAGAUGAGAACUCGGUGGAAUCAGUGUUUUGAAUUUCUUCUGUGUCAUGAAAUGAAAGCUGUCAGGGAAGCAUUUUCUGGUGUAGUCUACUGCUUCUUGGAAAACAGUGUUAUGGAUAUUUUGUUUUCUGGUGGACUGGGAAUGAAUGGAGGGUCUAAAGAACUUCAGUUCAUGGACAAGAUAAAAUGUGCUUUCACCAAAGCUGAAGAUUCUCAGAUUCUUUUGACACUUCUGGAAUCAAUUGGUACUAUUGUGAAAGUUAGUGAUAUUCAUGGAGAAGUUUUCUUCUGUUCAUUUGUGUUACUUAUUGGCCAGCUUGAUAAUCAUAAUUCCAUCAUAAGGAUGACUGCAUUGAGAUUAAUUCACAGAUGCUGUGCAUACUGUUUCAAAGGAGGACUGGAUCUCUUCCUCUUGAAGUACUCACAUGCUAGAGAUAAUUUAUAUGACUAUCUGUCAUCUAGACUUGUGACUCAUCCAGUAAUAAUUAAGGAAUUCGCUGAGGACAUUGUAGGUAUUAAGACCGUAGAGCUGAUUAAGAGAAUGGUUCCAUCAGUUAUACCAAAGCUCAUUGUAUCGCACCCAAACAAUAACCAUGCUAUUUUUACUCUGCGUGAACUGGCAAGCCAUCUAAACACUGAGUUGGUACCACUGAUUGUAAAUAUGUUGCCUAAAGUUCUCUGCUUUGCCCUUUUUUAUGAAGAUGGGCAGCAUUUACCAUCAGUUCUGCAAUUUUAUAAGAAUGAGACGGGAACUGAUAGCAAAGAGAUAUUUGCAGCUUUGCCUACACUGCUUGAUGAAAUUGUAUGUUUUCCUCGGGAAUCUGAUCAGAUUGAGAAUGAUAUAAGGACAGCAAAAAUCUCACCAACAAUUCAGAAUAUUGCUAGAAUUCUGACAGGCAGUGAAACUCUUCCUGAGUUUUUGAGGAAUGAUUUUGUUCGCCUUCUCAAUAGCAUUGACAAGAAGAUGCUUCACUCUGAUGAUAUGAAGCUUCAAAAACAAGCUCUCCAGCGAAUAAGGAAAUUGAUUGAGAUGAUGGGCCCUUAUUUGAGUACACAUACGCCAAAGAUUAUGGUCCUGUUGAGUUUCGCCAUUGAUAAGGAAGGUCUCCAGAUGGGUGGUCUUGAUGUCUUACAUUUUUUCAUAAAGCAAUUGGCUGAAGUAUCACCAAGUAGUAUCAAAUAUGUUCUGUCCCAAGUUGUAUCUGCUUUCAUUCCAUCUCUGGAAAGGUUCAGAGGAUGUCCUUCCAUGAACCUAGGUAAAAUUGUUGAAAUCCUAGAAGAGCUUGUUGUGAAAAACAAUAGCUUGCUAAAGCAACAUAUACGUGAAUUACCACUGUUGCCUAGCAUACCAUCUUUAUCGGAAGUAAACAAGGUAAUAGAGGAAGCUAGAGGGCUAAUGACACUGCAAGAUCAUCUGAAGGAUGCUGUCAAUGGUCUUAAUCAUGAAAGCUUAAAUGUGAGGUACAUGGUAGCUUGUGAGCUGAGUAAAUUAUUCAAUGCCAGAAGGGAGGAUAUGACUGCUCUUAUCAUUGGUGAAGAUAUUGCUGAUUUGGAUGUAAUAAGCUCUUUAGUUAUGGCUUUACUUAAAGGAUGUGCAGAGCAAUCAAGGACUGUUGUUGGCCAGAGACUGAAACUAGUUUGUGCAGACUGUCUUGGCGCACUUGGUGCUCUUGAUCCUGCUAAGUUGAAGGUAAGUUCUUGUGAGCGCUUUAAGAUAGAAUGUUCAGAUGAUGAUCUGAUAUUUGAGUUGAUCCACAAGCAUCUUGCAAGGGCAUUCAGAGCUGCUGCUGACACUACAGUGCAAGAUUCUGCUGCCUUGGCUAUCCAGGAGCUACUAAAAUUGGCAGGUUGCCAGUCUUCAUGUAGUGAAGAAUCAAAUUGUUGUGAGAUGAGCUACAGGGGCCAAAAGUUGUGGGACCGUUUCUCAAACUAUGUCAAGGAAAUUAUUGCCCCAUGCUUAACAUCGAGGUUUCAUCUUCCUAACACAACUGAUUCUGCUUUAGCUGGCCCAAUAUUCUGCCCAACAAUGUCUUUUAGAAGGUGGAUAUACUACUGGAUUAGAAAGUUGUCAUCACAUGCAACUGGAUCCCGUUCUAGUAUUUUUAGUGCAUGCCGUGGAAUUCUUCGGCAUGACAUGCCAACUGCAAUCUAUCUCUUACCAUACUUGGUCUUAAAUGUUGUCUGUUAUGGUACUCCAGAGGCUCGUCAGAGCAUUACUGAGGAAAUUCUGUGUGUUCUCAAUGCUGCUGCUUCUGAAAAUAGUGGGGCUGCUGUUCAUGAAAUUGCAGUGGGGCAGAGUGAGGUCUGUAUUCAAGCCAUCUUCACUUUACUUGAUAACCUUGGGCAAUGGGUUGAUGACCUCAAACAGGAAAUUGCUUUAUCCCAGUCUAGUUAUGCCAUGGCUGGAAAGCAUGGAGGUAAACUGAAAGAUGGCACAUAUUCUGAUCAUGAACAGGAUCAAAUGCUGGUGCAGUGUAGCAAUGUUGCUGAGUUGCUGGCUGCUAUACCUAAAGUCACUCUAGCAAGGGCCUCUCUUAGAUGUCAAGCUCAUGCUCGUGCUCUAAUGUACUUUGAAUCCCAUGUCCAGGAGAAUUCUGGUUCCUCCAAUCCAGCUGUGCAGUGUAGUGGCACCUUUUCAGACAAUGACAUAUCUUUUCUUAUGGAAAUAUAUGGAGGAUUGGAUGAGCCUGAUGGCCUCCUAGGUUUAGCGAAUCUGAGGAAGUCAUCGAGCCUACAGGAUCAGCUUAUCAUUAAUGAGAAAGCUGGAAACUGGGCUGAAGUCCUAACCUUAUGUGAACAGGCCUUGCAAAUGGAACCUACCUCUGUUCAUAGACAAUCCGAUGUUCUUAAUUGUUUGCUAAACAUGUGCCACCUUCAAGGCAUGAUCGCCCAUGUGGACGGUUUGGUUUGCAGUAUACCCCAGUAUAAGAAAACUUGGUUCAUGCAUGGAGUGCAAGCAGCAUGGCGAUUAGGGAGAUGGGAUCUCAUGGAUUCAUAUCUGACCAGGACAGACAAGGGUCUGGUGUUCAGCAGUUCUGAGAAUAAUGCUUCUUUUGACAUGGAUCUUGCUAAGAUAUUCAAGGCCAUGAUGAUCAAAGAUCAGUUUCUGGUUGCUGAAAAAAUUGCCCAGUCCAAGCAAGCAUUGCUUGUACCUCUGUCUGCGGCAGGCAUGGACUCAUAUAUGCGUGCAUAUCCUUAUGUUGUCAAGCUCCAUAUGUUGCGUGAGUUGGAAGACUUCAAUUCCCUGUUGGGAGAUGAGUCAUUUAUUGAUAAGUCAUUUCGUGCAAACGAUCCAAACUUUCUGAAGUUAACGAAGGAUUGGGAGAACCGUCUGAGAUGCACACAGCCAUCACUGUGGACAAGGGAACCUUUACUUGCUCUGCGAAGGGUGGUUUUUAGUCAGAGUCAUAUGAAUGUUCAAGUUGGGAACUGCUGGCUUCACCUCUCUCUUGCUUUGCCAAAUGCACCUAUCUCUGCAACACAAGCAUUGAAAGAGAAUCCAGAUGUGUCUAAAACCCUGCUUCUCUAUACUAGAUGGAUUCACAACACAGGGCAAAAACAGAGUGCGGAUAUCAAAUCUCUCUAUUCUAGAGUAACGGAAUUGCGGCCCAAGUGGGAAAAAGGUUUUUUCUGCAUGGCAAAGUUUUUUGAUGAUUUGCUUGUUGAUGCUAGGAAAAGGCAAGAAGAUAAGUUUGCUUGUAAAGUUGGACCAGUCCCUUCUAGCUCUGCAAGCAGGGCAAUUGAAGAAAAAGAGAAGCCUUGGUGUGAAUUUCUUCCGGGAGUGCUACUAUGUUAUGGAAAAGCACUUCACAAAGGACAUAAGAAUCUUUUUCAAGCACUGCCUCGAAUGCUUACUCUUUGGUUUGAAUUUGGAAGCAUAUAUGUCCGAAAUGAAUCUUCCUCCAAUCAACGCCUCAUACGUGGGUGUUUGAAGGAUGUACCAACAUAUCAGUGGCUUACUGUGCUGUCUCAGUUGAUCUCCCGCAUCUGUCACCAAAAUGCUGAUGUUGUCAGAAUGGUCAAAUGCAUCAUCACAUCUAUUUUACGGGAAUACCCUCAACAAGCUCUUUGGAUGAUGGCUGCAGUGUCUAAUUCCACUGUUCUGGCAAGACGAGAUGCUGCUGCAGAAAUAUUGCAGUCAGCAAAGAAAGGAUGUCGGCGUGGGAGUAAUGCACUCUUCAGUCAAUUUACUAAUCUUAUAGGCCAUCUUAUUAGGCUCUGCUCUCAUCCAGGGCAACCAAGGGCGAAAACAAUAAACAUCUCAACUGAGUUCAGUGCCUUGAAAAGAAUGAUGCCACUAGGAAUUAUCUUACCUGUCCAGCAAGCUUUAACUGUGACUCUGCCAUCAUAUGAUUCAAAUAUGUCGGAUCAAUCUGGUUUUCACCCCUUCUCAGUCUCUCAACAUCCCACUAUAGCUGGAAUAGCUGAUGAAACAGAAAUUCUUAACUCCCUUCAGAAACCAAAGAAGGUUGUUUUCCUUGGAAGUGAUGGAGUUGAACGUCCAUUUCUUUGCAAACCUAAGGAUGAUCUUAGGAAAGACUCACGCAUGAUGGAGUUCAAUGCAAUGAUCAACCGUCUCCUCUCCACGGUCCCUGAGAGCCGCAGGAGAAAGCUCUAUAUCAGAACCUUUGCAGUGGUACCACUUACCGAAGAUUGUGGAAUGGUAGAAUGGGUGCCCAAUACUCGUGGUCUUCGGCAUAUUCUUCAGGACAUCUACAUAACUUUUGGGAAGUUUGAUAGGGCGAAAACAAAUUCACAAAUCAAGAAGAUAUAUGACGCAUGCCAUGGGAAGAUGCCUGACGAUGUGAUGCUGAAGACCAGAAUCCUUCCAAUGUUUCCCCCAGUUUUCCACAAAUGGUUCUUGACAACAUUCUCUGAACCAGCUGCAUGGUUUCGUGCUAGAGUGGCAUAUGCACAUACCACGGCAGUGUGGUCAAUGGUUGGGCACAUCGUGGGGCUGGGUGACAGGCAUGGUGAAAACAUCCUCUUCGACUCGACGACCGGGGACUGUGUGCACGUGGAUUUUAGCUGCCUGUUUGAUAGGGGGUUGCUACUGGACAAGCCUGAGGUGGUGCCGUUUAGGCUUACACAGAACAUGAUCGAUGGCUUGGGCAUCACUGGGUAUGAAGGCGUAUUUUUAAAGGUCUGUGAAAUCACUCUAUCUGUUCUCAGGACCCACAAGGAGACCCUCAUGACUGUCCUUGAGACCUUCAUCCAUGAUCCACUCGUCGAGUGGACCAAACUUAACAAGUCUAGCGGAGGUGAAGUCCAGAACCCACACGCGCAGAGGGCCAUCACUAACAUCAAAGCGAGGCUGCAGGGAGUUCUGGUGGGUGCUAAAGCCAGCCCUUCACUGCCGCUCUCCGUGGAAGGCCAAGCGCGGCGGCUGAUCGCUGAAGCAGUCUCCCUCAACUACCUCGGCAAAAUGUACAUCUGGUGGAUGCCAUGGCUCUAA